AUGAGGAAGACGCCCUUCGGCAGAGCGGAGCGCCUGAAGAUUCUGGAGCUCGCGCUACAGGGAGGUGCCUCAGCGAGCUUUAGCCUCGUGGACCUCGGGAACAGCUGCACCAGGGACAAGCACGCCUCCGCGGACAUCACGACGCUCGAGUUCAAGGCGGUGGAGGUCAUGUUGAAUGCAGGCUACGACACUGCGGCCGACGUCUGGUCACUGGCGUGCACCAUCUACGAGCUGGCCACAGGUCGCUACUUGUUCGAUCCACGGCGGGCCCUUGCGAGGCCCGCCGCGCUGGAGGCCCGCCCUGCGCUGGCCCGUGAGCCGGAGCAUAUCGCCCAGAUCGUGGAGCUGCGGAUGCGAGACUCCUUCACUCAUCCGAACAUCAGUUCCAAGAUGUUUGCUUUGUUUGUGGCAAGCAGCCAUGAGGAUGCUUCGACGGAUGUGAGGCCCGGGACCCGGGGCUUGCAGUUUCAGCUUUUGGGGAAUUUUCACGCCUACUGGAGCGCCAUGUUCGGCAAUGUGUGGUCUUCCGGAGCCACGCGGCGCACCGUCGCACACGUGGGCUUGGAAGAUGGUGCGCAGCUGCUGGACAAGAUGAGGUCAACGUGGCAGACAGUUGCCCUGUGGAACACAGAGGAAGACCUUGAGAAAGAAGGCUGGAGACCACUGGGCACGUACCGCGACGCGUCUGAUCCAGAGCAUGGCGAGGCAACAAUUUAUCGUCAGGGUGAUGCCAUUCGAAUUUGCCACAGCAUCUAUGGGCCAGUUCCCUGCAAUGAUGGCGAGAUUGUGGAGUGCAAGGGGGAUGCCUACGAAGUGAAGAUAGAUGGAAUGUCGGGGCGGAUCGAUGCUCGUGCAUUCUACUGUGGAGGCUACGUAAACCCGUGUAUUGACAGAGAUCCAGGCCUUCUUGAUACAUCUGUCCCCGAGUCAGUGGUUGCCACGCGCCAGUCGAAUCCACGGGUGAGUGAUGCUGACAUCUGUGCAUGCUACAAUCUAGCCGCCAUUCUGGGCCCGAAUGCAUUUUCAUCAUUUUCCGAAGCUGAGUAUGAGGCCUUGGAAGACGAGAAUCCGUCAGACAUGCUUGUCUCUGAGAUCAAGGCCUCUGUCGGGGACGACUAUGGAGGCUGGGCUUUUGAAACAUCAACGCCCGAAGCACAGAAACCAGAGACAGAAAAGCAAAAACGUCGCCGCCAGCGCCGAGAAGUUCGCCGGCAGUUCUUCCUGCCCGGUGCCGGCCAAUUCGACCGCGAAGAAGCAUACACAGCCUGGUGCAAGAGACGGGACCGCGCAGGGCGCCCAUUUCCCACAGUUGCUGAGCUCCGUGUGGAAGGCUAUAUGUUAAAGCAUUUCGGGAAACUUCAGGAAGAGGUCAGCGACGCCGCAGAUUGUGUGCGGCAAGUGCUUUGCGAAGGCCCCCUGCAGCUCGUGCGCUAUGUGCUUCAAUUUCAUGCGUUCUGGGCGGUGCCCAGCCAUGCCAGACGCCUCGAUGAGGUCACUAGAUACCUUCAGGCCAAUGCGGAUGCAAAGUGGGAGAAGCCCAAGCUCUUGAUGCGAAAGAUCGAGCAGGAGAGAGCACGGAGGCUCAAGGAGGAGCUGGCACGUCGGGACAAGCCCUUCCAUCACCUGCAGAGGAUAAAGCCUUGGAGGGUCCCUGGUGAGACCUUGGAGUUCCGCAUGCUUGCCAGCCAGGAGGCGGUUCGACAGGCUGCCAAGACGCUUAAGAACUGCGCGGCGGACUACAUUCCGAACGUGGUGGCUCAGAGAUGUGCUCUGGUAGGCUUGUUCGACACGGGUGUUAGCAAGAACAAAAUCAUUGCGAUGGGAGAAUUGACGCCCACUAUCUCAGAUCAAGGUGACAUAGUCGCAACAUUCAAGCAGCGGGCCCGGGAAUGCAAUAGGUCUCUGACAAAGAAGCAGAACAAGCUGUUCAGAAAAGCAGCUGUUCGCCUGUCUGCCUCGUGGACGGAGGUCGCCAGCAGCGACAUGCAAAACGUGCUGCCACCAAGCAAAAGCAGCCUCGAAGCCAUGAAAGACUUGAGUUGUCUGGCAAAGGUUUUGUUACUCAGGAAGCUAGCAAGGACAACGACUGUGGAGGGAUACGGUGCUCUACAAACUGUCAUGCGGGACUUUCUCAGGUCUGCGCUGAAGGGUCCCGUGCCGGAUGCCUUGGCGCUCCAUUGUGUGGCUUUCGCAGCAUGGGUGCAAGAUCCCGCCUUGGUGGAGCCUAUCUUGGAUGCAAAAAUCUCAAACAAUAUCAAGACAAAGCUCUUGGAACUGCCUAUGCCUUUCGUCGCAACAGCUUUACAUGACGCGAUGGUGUCAGCCGGGCAGGCGGGCAAUCAGGAGCAAUUGACCAGGAUCGUUUCCAGCCUGGAGCAAGCGCGUGUCAGUACUGCUGAUCUCAAGACCAUUUUGGAGGCGGCGCGCCAUUUCGACAUGGAAGCAAAACUGACAGUUCUGCUGUCUAGCUUGCCUUUCAAGCCGUCAGACUUGGUUGGUGCGGUGACCCCGUCGUUGGUGUCAGCCGCGCAGGCGGGCAAUCAGGAGCACUUGACCAGGAUCGUUGUAAGACUGGAGAAAGCAAGCGUCAGUACUGCUGAGGAUCUCAAGAGCAUUUUGGAGGCAGCGUGCCAUUUCGACACGCAGGCAAAACUGAGAGUUCUGCUCUCCAAGCUUCCUUUCGAAGCCGAUGGUCUGCUUGGUGCGUUGACGGAGCCGCUACUCCGGUUUUCAAGACAGCAAGGUGAAGCGGCGUCAAGGAUUGUGAAAACUAUCGGGGUGAAGCUUUCGGCCAGUGGGGUCAGGCCAGCUGACGUUCAUGCCAUCAUCCAAGACGGGAACCUUCAAAGAACCGCUGCGCAGCUUCGAGUGUUAACCUGCGGCCUCUCGUUUCGUUCGUCCACUGUCAAGGCGUUGGUUCCAGCCAUAUCCUAUGCUCUGAUUUCAUGCUGGAUCACAACGGAUAGGGACUUGGUGCGACAGAUUGAGGACAUGAAUGUUGAAGCUGGUGUGUAUGCGCGGCUCGAAGUUGUUUUGGAUGUGUUCCGUCUGGCAAUAAAGAGUCCGCUGCCGGACCAGUCCCUUAUCAAAGGCUUGGUGAACCGUCUCAGCCCCAUGCACUUCACCGAGCAAGAGGCGUACGAUCUCCUCCAGGAUUGCAGUCCCUACGUGAGGGAAACAGUUGCCUGGCAACCCAUGCCGUUCUCGCGGUUCAACUUGGGCCAGCUCACCGUGAUCAACCGCUCUAGAGGGGCAACGCUCAAAGAUAUGCUUCGCAGCCAUGUCCGAGAUGGACGUGAAGCAGAUCGACCCGCAUGA